AUGGCCGGUCGCUCAAAAAAGAAGGGCACCUCUGGUGCGGCCAAGAACUACAUCACUCGUACGCGCGCCGUGAAGAAGCUUCAGAUCUCGCUCCCGGACUUCAGACGACUAUGUAUCUUCAAGGGAAUCUACCCCCGUGAGCCGCGCAAUAAGAAGAAGGUCUCGCGAGGCUCUACCGCUGCCACCACCUUCUACUACACCAAGGACAUCCAGUAUCUCCUCCACGAGCCGCUGCUGGCAAAGUUCCGCGAGCACAAGGCUGUCGCAAAGAAGAUUGGUCGCGCCCUCGGUCGCGGCGAGUCGGGAGAUGCAUCGCGCCUCGAGAAGAACCUCAUGCCCAAGGUCAAGCUCGACCACAUCAUCAAGGAGCGCUACCCUACCUUUGUCGACGCCCUGCGUGACCUCGACGAUGCUCUCUCUAUGCUCUUCCUCUUCGCCAACCUCCCCUCGAGCGACCACGUCCCUGCGAAGACCAUUGCCCUUUGCCAGCGAUUGACCCGCGAGUUCGAGCACUACGUAAUCACCUCCCACGCCCUCCGCAAGUCCUUCCUCUCUAUCAAGGGUAUCUACUACCAGGCGACAAUCCAAGGUCAGGACAUCCUUUGGCUCGUACCAUACAGGUUCGUCCAGCGAACCGGUGGCGACAUCGAUUUCAGGAUCAUGGGCACCUUUGUCGAGUUCUACACCACUCUUCUCGGCUUUGUCAACUACCGCCUCUACACAUCAGUCGGCUUGGUAUACCCACCCAAGUUCAACGCAAAGAGCGACGAACAAGGUGGUGAGCUCGCUGCAUUCCAGCUCGAGGGCAAGGCUACUGCCAACGGCGCGACCAAUGGACACGAUGAGGAUGCCGAGAUCAACCCCGAGGCACAGGCGAUAGCGGACAGGAUUGGAGCUAUGUCUGAUGUUGAUGAGGAGGAGAGCACCACAGCUGUAGCCAAGGUUGCUACUGAGGACGAUGAGGAGGAGGCCAACGACGAGAUUGACAAGUUCGAGCCGACUGCGCCCGAUGCCGACAUCCUACCCCAGCCGCAAGCAAGCAGCGCUGAGAUUGCUUCCCUCUUCGCGCCCUUCACCUUCUACCUAUCGCGAGAGACACCCAGAGCAUCGCUCGAGUUUAUAUUGAAGGCAUUUGGCUGCAAGAGAGUUGGUUGGGAUGGAACUCUCGGCGACGGUGCUUUCACAACGAACGAGUCGGACCCGAACAUCACACACCAGAUUGUCGACCGACCCGCUCUAUCCAACGGCGCGCCUAACGGAGAUGACGAGGAUGCUGCUGCUCCCAAGGUUCAAUGGCCUUACUCCAUGAUGCCUGGACGCACCUACGUUCAGCCACAAUGGGUUUGGGACAGUAUCAACCAGGGCAAGCUAUUGCGACCAGACCACUACUCCCCUGGCGCAGACCUGCCGCCGCAUCUUAGCCCUUGGGUCAAGCCCAAGAAGGGCGAAUACGACCCCAACCUUCCCCUCGCUGCGCAGCAACCAGAGGGUGAGGCCGAGGCGUUUGAAGACGAGGGUGACGAGGACGAGGAAGCCUUCGACGUUGACGGAGAUGAGGACAUGGAUGCCAUUGUUGACCGCGAGGGCUCAGUCGAAGUUGGCGAAGGCAUGGAUGUCGCUGACGACUCGGAAGAUGACAGCGAAGAAUCUGAUGAGGCUGAUGAAGGUGAAGAGUUUGACGGCCUCGACUCUGACGCUGAAUCAGACAUCUCAGAAGGAGAAGCUGCUCGUCUCCAGCAUCAGCGUGAACUGGAAGCUGAAGCCCUUGGCAAGAAGCUCGAGGUCAAGAAGCCGACGAGGAAAGAGGAGAACGCCGCCAUCCGCAAGAAGGCCGAGAAGAAGAAGCGCGCGGAAGAGGAGGAGCGUGAGAGGCAGAAGAUGAUGUUGUCCAACAAGAAGCGCAAGCUCCUCAAGCGUAUCGAAUACGGUGAAGACAAGCGUGCUAAUGAAUCCGAGAGCCUGCGCAGGAAGCGUGCAAAGGUCGAGAAGGCUAAGGCUGCUGCUGAGGCCAUAUAG